UGUAAACCCCACAAGGAAGAAAGGAAAAAGCAAGCAUCACAUCACACAUCACGCCAAGACAGCCACUCUUCCUCUUCAACACCACCAGGAACCCCAUCGAGGAGUAAGCUUGCAACAACGUCACAGAUGAUGUCCCAUUCGAGUUCUUCGAAGGCUUCGACUUCGGAUACAUAUGGCAAUGUGAGCCUCCUUGGUGCAUUCCAGCGCUUACGAAAGAACACAUUUGUCAAUCCACACUGGGCGGUGCGUGCCUCACACCUUGGGUGGCAAGGCGUUCUGGACGCGGAGCGUGAUGUGCACUCGACGCAGUCCUUGAUUGGGGCGCUGAUCGCCACCAUGGCGUUUGUGGGCAUCACGACGCCAGCUGACCCCAUCCUUGAGAACCCUGGGUUCUGGGCUGCGCAGGGCGCCGUCAUGUGCUUUGGCAUCUCCUUCAUCACCUCCAUCGGCGCCGCCUUUGCCUCGGCCAACAUGUUCUACGCUCUCAAGUUUGUGCCGCCCUGCAAGAAAGCUGUGGAGUACUACCUGCGCACGAACAAGCAGUUGGCCUUUCUUUUGCCAAACGUGAUGCUCAUCCUGAGCAUAGGCGCCCUGCUCGUCGGAAUCCCGCUCUCCAUGCACGCCUCGGGCAUGCCCUUUCGCACCGUCACUUUGCCUGUGCUCAUUUUUGGUGCCGUCGUGGCUGUCACAGUCGCCUUUGGGGUUACCUUCAGCGUCAUGUGCGCAGACGCAACGUGCGAACUGUACAAUGAAGACCAACGGAAGCAGCAGCAGAAGCAGCAGAACGCAGUGGAGGAUGCCCCUCGCAGUCAUUCACCCAAGCAACAAGAAGAAACUGCAACAGUCACGACCAGCCUGACGGGCUUUGGCGAGCUUGUGGUUGAGGAUUCCCUGGCUUCGUGAGCAUGAGAAUGUAGCUUUGUGUGCGUGCGUGUGUGUGUGUGAGGAUGUAGCUUUGUGUGCGUGUGUGUGUGUGUGAGGAUGUGGCCUGAGUAGCCUUGUGUGUGUGUGUGUGUGUGUGUGUGUGUGUGUGUGUGUGUGUGUGUGUGUGUGUGGUCGUCAUUGAAGGGGCAAGGCUGAAGUUUCGACGAUGGCUGCCUUGUGGCUGUUUGUUUGCGCUAACCUGUCAAAGGAUUACAUGAGCGAAACGCUUGACAUGGAAUUACAGUUGGUGAGCAAUUCGGAUGUCUGGCAAUGAUCGAG